CCUAAACCGGCCAUCACCUGGUUGCCGGCCAAUUUUCCAACUUGCAUUUUUCUACCAUUUUUCUUCCGAAACCUUACAGAGGCAUAUAUCUUGCACAUAUCAACAUAUAUCUGCCUUUUAUUCCCAUUCCUCGUUCUCGUUGUCCUGCCGCCUUACGGAUUACUGGGCAUCCGACCCGCCGCGACCAACCCAGCUUAGCGGGCAAUCCGCCACCGUUAUUGCCAACAACCACAAGCUAAUUCAACUGGACGAGUACGGCCUCGACCUCCAAAAACUGCCAUGGCGCGCCCUCGAUCGCCGUCUGCAGACCAAUCAGACACCGUAUCCUUGUUGAAGCGGCUGAAGACUCAACAUCCCAAUAAUGGUACUGCAGCAGGCGAUCCAGUUGCUGCCUUUGCGACGGAUCUCUUCGACCAUGCCAACAUAUCGAGACUAAACACCUCCUACCUCGAGAGCACGCCGUUUCACUAUGCCAUGGUCGAGAAGCUUUUCCAAGAUGACCUGCUCAAGAAUGUCAAGGACGAGUGUCUUAGCGAGCUGAGCUUCACAGAGAAGGAGACCGACAUCUACAAGGUAAAUCAGACAGGGGACCUUGCUUCGCUCAAUUACCUCACCUCCUCUCAAAUUUCCCUCCUACCCAAUCUCCUCAGACUCCGAGAUGCGCUCUACUCCUACGAAUUUCGUUCUUUCCUCCGAACCGUCACUGGUUGCGGACCUCUAUCUGGCAAGAAACAGGACAUGUCGGUCAAUUCGUACACCAAAGGUUGCCAUCUCCUCAAUCACGACGAUGUCAUCGGUAGCCGACGCGUUUCCUACAUUCUUUACAUGCCCCUUCCCAAUUACCAACUCUGGCAAAAGGACUGGGGAGGCGCCCUCGAGCUCUAUCCCGUCAAGGAAGCUGGUGAUGGUAACCUGGAACCGCUUCCUGUACCGGCAAAAAUGAUCCCACCAAGUUGGAAUCAGUUCAUCUUUUUCGAGGUCCAGCCCGGUCGCAGCUUCCACUCUGUCGAGGAAGUGGUCGUCGGCGGAGAAGGAGAAGAUGGCAGGGAGCGCUUGAGCAUUAGCGGCUGGUUCCAUGCCGCCCAGGAGGGUGAGGAAGGCUAUGAUCCCGAACGGCUAACCGCUGAGGGCAAGAGCUCACGAGAGCAGCUGGCUUCUACUUCUACCGUCUUUAGACCAUACACAGACACACCGACCUCCUCACCGCUACCUGACGGAUUACCUCAGCUAACAGACCAGCCAUUAUCCGAGGAGCACAUAUCUUUCCUUAGUGAAUAUCUCAACCCCGUCUACCUUCAGUCUCGCACCAUGAAAGCUCUCGCCUCACGUUUUGUCGAAGAGUCGUCUCUGGAGUUGCACUCUUUCCUCAAGAAUGAUCUUGCCGAGGCCCUCGAACCACGUCUACGAGAUCUUGAUGCGACGGACGGCCUUGGUCCCGAACGAAUGGGCCGCGUCCCACCACACUCUUCUGGUAUCAACCUCCCCGCGUCGUCGAACCCGACGACACAUAUGCCCCACGGGGCUACAAAUGGCAAAGCACCGCUCGUUGCCGAAUCCAAUAGCGCCUGGACCGUCAAAGGACCUCCGCACAAGUGGCGGUACUGCACCCUUCUCCCGCCCUCCCCCUCCGCUCCUGUCACGUCCGUCACCCCACUCUCCGCCCAUCCCUCUCCAUCGGAGAUUCUACGGGCGCUCCAGGAUGAGCUGUUCCCAUCUCAAGCUUUGCGAGCAUGGAUGGCAAGCGUGACUAAACUUCUACCGUUAAGACAUAAUGUCGAAGCGAGGCGGUUUAGACCCGGGUUAGAUUAUACGCUCGCGACGAGCGAGGAAAAUGAAGCUAGAUUGGAUGUAGUCCUUGGACUGACGCCCGAGGCUUUGGAGAGUGAAGACGAUGACAUGAGAGGAAGGGUGGGCAAAGGGAGGGGCAAGGAGCUUCGUGGAUGGGCCGCUGGCCAGUGGGGUGCUUGGGAGUGCUACAUGGCUCCACAUAAUGAAGAGGACGACCCGGCCGUGUAUCGUGCCGGUACGUACAAAAAGUCGGCUGUUCUUAAUGGGACUGCCUGGACGGUAGACUCUAGCGGCAACGGCAACGGGUCUACCAACGGUGGCUCCGCAGCAGCAACCGCGAGUGGCAACGGAGGACACAGUCCGUCCGAUGGUAGUCCGAAUGGGAAACAUAGUAGCCCCGACCCGAUCCCUAUGGAUGCUGACGAGGCUGGGCCCCCGGAGGACGAAGAGGACGAUGACGAGGAAGAUAGCACACUACUGACAGUGCAGCCCGGAUUUAACCGUCUGUUACUGGUUUUGAGGGACGAGCGUGUAAUGCGGUUUGUCAAGUAUGUGUCGGCAGCUGCGGAUGGCUCGCGAUGGGAUGUAUGUGGUGAGUAUGAGGUUGGGGUGGUUCAGGAGGAGGCGGAGAUGGAGGAAGCUCAAUGACCGACUUUUUUUUACCCUUGCUUCCUUCGUUGGUGCUCGGUUAUAUACUAUUAUAUGUGUAUUCCAGCUGCUCAGUCUAUCUUUUACGGUUUCCAUCAUCCAUCUAGUGUUCUAUGCUUGCAUUAUUUUAUAUCACUCCUCUCUGCAGAUACGCUCUUUGUUGUUGUUUUCCCAUCUCACAUAGUUCGUAAUCUUGAGGGUCUCCGCCCGUCGUCUGAUUAGAACUUAUGAUAAUGAUCAUCUAUGAUAUAGAAUGAUUACCAUUCAUUAGACCGAGAAAAGACCAAUGUCACUGACUACUUUCGCGCAGCGCUCAGACACUAAGAACGUCUAGUGAUCCGCCCUCGAAUGAGGAC